CGGCUUUGCUCAGAACGAAUUUGCAUAGGCUGGGAAGCGGACGUGUGCCGUCGAUCUUGAUGCGAAACCAUCGCAGCGGUACGACAGAUACAGAUACUUUUUUAUUCAGAUCCUCCUCCGCCUCCUGCUCACGUGCGUGUGUGAUAUUUGUAACUUUAAUUUAUGAGAUGCGGAAUGCGUUGAGUGAGUCGCUGGCUAGCUGCUUAAUAAAUUACUACCCAGAAUACCAGGCAUUUUUUGUGGAAAGAAAGAAAUAUCAACAGAAUGCUAAAGCCAUUUAUCAGUAACAAACGAGAUGAAGGAAACUGAGAUAUUUUAUGCAAUAAUCUGUGGAUAUGUGGAAAUGUUUUAUUUCGGAUUUAUAUAUUUGAAUGAAAUAAUAGUUUGUAGCAGCAAACGAAAAGUGAUUAUAGCAGAUGAUUAAAAGAGUUUUCAGUGAACUUAUCAUUGUCAGAAAUCUUUCUAAUUGUAUAAGUUGAAGUUUCUUUCCAAGGAACUGGCCCAUCUGACCAAAUAAGUUUCCCGGCUAAAUCGAAUUAUUCCAGUCGAAAGGAAAACGUUGAAAUGCCAUCAAACCAAUCAGCUGUAAAGUGUAUUGGACAAGAGCUGUUCGUGUGGAAAGCAUCCAGAAUCUGAUUCAUAUAUGUAACUGGAAUCCAUAUUCAGAUCACGACCGCAUUUCUAACUUACUAUGCCCGAUCUCUAAGUCCCAGUCUCCGUAUCCGUGCGACUUACAGUCCGUAUCCGAUUGCUGGAACCGCAAGACGCGCAAAAACGAAUCCACAACCCAAACCAAAAAAUAAAACGCCAAUCAAAUGAUACUAAUUAAUGUGAUAAUUGUGCAAAAUAAAAUGAUCGAAAUCAGGCGGCGGGUGAACAAGACAUCAAACGCCUUGGAGAGCAACGAUGAGCUUGCCUUAGAUUAUUGCCAGAGAUUACAGGGGUCAACUCACAGAGCUACAGAUAAGACCUCUGGCCCGGGGGUCUGUUUGCGUUAUCAACCCGUGGCCACUGUGUUCCUGCUGCUUCUCCUCUGCCUGGCACCCGUACUCGGUGCUCCACAGACCUCCUGCAUCCGAUGCGACAAGGAGGACUUUAGGACACGGGCUCCACAUCAUGGAGAAGAGUUUGUAGAGCGCAUUGUUGAUCACCAGGUUUCCAAGUUCCAGGCCAGGGAGGCUUUACGGAAAUUAAAUGAAACCCAUCGCCAGAACAAUGCUUGCAGCUCAAUAAAUUGUACUGCAACUAUUGAAAAUUAUUGUUUUGGACAUCAGUUCCUUAACGAUCAUUGUUGGUGCGAGAUGCAGCACCGAGAAGAGGGACUGCCCUAUGUAAAUCACAUUUGUUAUGCGGAUGAGAAGGUACACAAACCGUCCAUUGGCUCCUGUUUUGUGUUCGCAGAAGUCAAGGAGUGCUGCUGCGCCAAGGCCUUUUACAACAAGUGGCGAGCCAAUUCUGGGAGCAAGAAUAUACCAAAAAUAUUAAUACCCUGGCUGAUUGCAUUCAGUUUAGUGCACUGGCUAAGCAGAAGGCGGUGGUUUUGUUAAAGCUGAAUCGCUUCAAACCGAAUUUUCGGAACAGAAGUAGUACAACAUAGUCAUAGCAAAGUAGGUCCUAGAAGCUAAAGCAUUCAAAUAAGUGUACUUAGUUGAAACGAUGUCCAAUGGUAAUCAAACCUACUUGCUAAGCAUAUAUUUAAGCGUUAAUAAAUACAAGAUUGUAAUCCGAA